UCCUUGACCCCCCCCGUAAUGAGCCCAAAACGAAGUCAUUAUGGUGUCGUUUCUCUUCCUUCCCUGAGCAAACAUCAUUAGUCAAAAUAUUAAGCUACGCACCCUAACUAAUCACCGUAAUCUACAUAAGGCGCUGAAAUCUCUCUCUCUCUCUCUCUCUCGCCAUGGCCAUGGCUAUGCAAAGUGGAAUCGGGAUCUCCAAGAUCCUAUUCAUUGCCGGAGCUGGUUACACCGGCACCGUCCUCAUAAAAAACGGCAAGCUAUCCGAUAUAAUUGGCGAACUCCAGUUGCUGGUGAAGGGAUUGGAAAAGUCUGGUCAGGCUGAUGGUGAAGGUGAAUAUGCUGAUGCCAUUGCUGAUCAGGUGCGUCGUUUGGCUAAUGAAAUUAGGCAGAUAGCGUCAAACAGGCCAAUAACCGUACUGAAUGGGGGCUCAGGACAAAGUAGUAAUUUAUCAUCUCUUGUGCUUCCAGCAGCUGCUGUGGGUGCUGUGGGUUAUGGCUACAUGUGGUUGAAGGGCAUUUCAUUCUCAGAUCUUAUGUACGUGACUAAACGUAAUAUGGAAAAUGCUGUUGCAGAUUUGACAAAAAAGCUGAAUCAUGCCUCUGAUGUACUUGAUGAUGCCAAGAAGCACUUGACCCAGAGAAUUCAAAAGUUGGCCGACAAAAUGAACAAACAAACUGAGAUAUCACGGUCUAUUCAGAAUGGAGUUGCUGAUGUUCGAAAGGAUAUUACUAAUAUACGUAAUACUAUGGGCAUCCUUCAUGAAGAUUUCAAAACGGUGGAUGGAAGGUUGGCAAGAUUGACUCAGAAUCAGGAAGCUACAAAUAAAGGAUUGGACUAUGUUAUUAAGUUUAUAGAUGGAAAUGUUCAGAUUAUGCCUGGCUCUAAAUGGAGAACCACGCAGCAGGAGCUACCAAGACUUCCAGGGAGGUCUCCUGGUUUGCUCCCAUAUUCAGGACCUCCAAAUCUAAUGGGUCUUAAAGACAUUGCAGAACCGUUGUCUAGUUUAGACAGGUCAGCUUCAGAUAUUAUUAUACCAGAUGGUAUUGAUAAGCUAGAGCAGCCCCGAAGGCCAUUGUUGAGGGCUACUUCGACAAAGUGUUGAUGGCUCGCUCUUAUUCGAUGACUACAUCUAGGUUUUAAGCUUUUCUUUUUAAUUUGUACUUAUUCAGCAGUAACCUUUCUGCUGUAUGAAUCAUAAUAUACCUGUUAAUGGCUGUUAUAGCUGUUGUGAUUUUCUUGUAUCAUUCUAAUCUCUACUUUCUAUCAAUUGAACAAACAGCUUUUUAUUAUCCAAGCUAGUGAAUUGGGAUUAUAUGUUGUAAAUAUAGUUGAGGAGUUUUGGUUUGGUUCUAUCGGUAUAUGCGAGUUGCUUUUGAAUGGG